AUGGUCUUGUUGGGUGAAACUUUUCCAAAUUUUACAGCAUCAACCACUGAAGGAACUAUUAAAUUCCAUGAAUGGCUGGGUGAUUCGUGGGGUGUCUUAUUUUCUCAUCCGAGUGAUUUUACGCCGGUUUGUACAACUGAAUUAGCUCGUGUUGUCCAAUUAAUGCCGGAGUUUAAACGGCUCGGUAUAAAAGUAAUUGCGAUGUCUUGCAAUUCCAUUGAAAGUCAUAUAAAUUGGAUUGAGGAUAUUAAAAGCUACGCUGAAACUUCUGUGGAACAGUUUCCAUAUCCAAUAAUAGAAGAUGAAUCUCGUACAUUAUCUACGUCUCUGGGAAUGUUAGAUCCUGAUGAGCUAGACAGUAAUGGACUUCCUUUAUCAGCACGAGCAGUAUUCAUCGUAGAUCCUAACAAGAAAAUGCGUUUGUCAAUUUUAUAUCCAGCAACUACUGGGCGAAACUUCGAUGAAAUUUUAAGAGUUAUUGAAUCUCUCCAGUUGACUGAUAAAUAUUCAGUGGCAACUCCUGUUGAUUGGAAGAUGGGUGAAGAUGUAAUGGUUCAGCCUAGCGUACCUAAUGAAACGGCCAAAGAAUUAUACGGUGAAAAGUUGAAAAUAUUGAACUUGCCUUCGACUAAACCAUAUUUGCGUAUAGUACCGCAACCAACGGAUUUGUCACAAAAUUAA